GUUAGGUAGCUAGCUAUAGCAUUGUACGAUUCAGCAGGUUAAACACACAUAUAUUUCCAUGCCUUUGCUCUAAGCCGCGUCAAUUCCAUUCCAUCAACACAAGAAGUGUCACUGAAGGAGUAAAGGCUGCAGGAACUCUAGCAAAACUGAAUCUCUAGCAGGCGAGGCGGCUCGACGCGGGCGACGCGGCAGCCAUCCCGUCAUGGACAUGGACUUGCCGACAACCACAUGGCUGGCCUUUGCUCUCUUCUUCAUCGUCGCCCUAGCGACCAAGAUCACAAGACGACGACAGCAAUCUUCGGGUACUCCGACAAGGAAACGCCGCCCCCCUCCACCCGUGUCUCCGGGGGUCCCUCUCCUAGGCGACCUGCCAGCACUGCUCGCCAAGGGCACGUUGGAACUGAUCCGCGACCGCUACACGAGGCUGGGAAGCGUCUUCACCGUGCGCUUGCUCCACCUGAAGGUGACCUUCCUGGUCGGGCCGGACGUGUCGAGCCAUUUCUACCAGGGGUUCGACUCGGAGAUCAGCCAGGACGAGGUCUCCCAGUUCACCAUCCCCACCUUCGGCCCCGGCGUCGCCUUCGACGUCGACUACGCCACCCGGCGCGAGCAGUUCAGGUUCUUCGGCGACGCAAUGAAGCCGGCGAAGCUCAGGACCUAUGCCGAGCUCAUGGUCCGUGAAGUCGAGAGCCACUUCGCGAGAUGGGGACAGUCCGGCACGGUUGAUCUGAAGCAGGAGCUGGAGCACGUUGUGACGCUCAUCACCAGCCGGUGCCUGCUGGGCGCCGCGGUCCGGGAGAAGAUGUUCGGCGAGGUCGGGACGCUGCUCCGCGAGCUCAACGACGGGAUGCGCCUCGUCACCAUCCUCUUCCCGCACCUACCCAUCCCCGCGCACCGCCGCCGCGACGCGGCGCGCGCCAGGCUCGGCGAGAUAUUCACCGACAUCGUCAGGUCCCGCAAGCGCCUGAACGAGGACGACGGCGGCCGCCCCGACCGCCCCGACGACAUGCUGCAGUGCCUGAUCGACGCCCGGUACAAGGACGGCCGCGGCACGACGGAGGCGGAGGUCGUCGGGAUGCUCGUCUCGGCUCUCUUCGCGGGGCAGCACAACAGCUCCAGCGCCGCCACCUGGACCGGGGCGCGCCUCCUCACCCACACCAAGCACCUGCGCGCCGCCGUCGAGGAGCAGGCGCGCGUCGCGGCGCUGCACGGGGCCGGCCGCGCCGAUCACUACGCCGCCCUGCAGGAGAUGGACACCCUCCACCGCUGCGUCAAGGAGGCCCUGCGGCUCCACCCGCCGGCGCUGAUGCUGCUCCGCCACGCGCGCCGGGGGUUCGCGGUGCGCGACAGGGACGGGCGCGAGUACGAGGUGCCCGAGGGACACGCGGUGGCGAGCCCGCUGGUGAUCCACAACAGGCUGCCGGAGGUGUACGAGGAGCCCGACAAGUACGACCCCGACCGGUUCGGGCCACGGAGGGCGGAGGACAGGGCCGGCGGCGCGCUGGCGUACGCGUCGUUCGGCGCCGGGCGGCACAUCUGCGUCGGCGAGGCGUUCGCGUACAUGCAGAUCAAGGUGAUAUGGAGCCACCUGCUGAGGAACUUCGAGCUGGAGCUGGUGUCGCCGUUCCCCAAGACGGACUGGAACGUGGUCAUGCCGGGGCCCAAGGGGAAGGUGAUGGUCAGCUACAAGAGACGGCAGCUGCCUAGUGCUGCCUGAUGCCCUGAGCCAUGGGCUCUGUUUGGAAAUCAGACAUCCCGCUCUCAUGGAACAGAAUCGGAAUCAGACAUCUCGCAUUCAUGAAACAGUUCAAUUCUCGUAGGAAUAUAAAAGAAUCCCAGUGUUCCAAGGUCUGAAUUCCACUGUGCGCACUCCGCAUGUCGUUAGCCUUGUAUGAUAGGAGCUAGUUUAUGUAAUACCACUAAAUAAAGUCCUCGUCGUCUCUUCAGCA